GACUUCCACAGAAGCCAAAACUUUCCCUUCGGAGCCAAAACUUUCCCUUCGGGAAAGUUCAAGUUAUACACGACGGGAGCGCAGGUACCAAACCUAACCACCCUACCCACCCUAGAAAGACGCUACUGAACUCUGCCGAAGUACCAAACUCCCGAUUAUCGUCACAGACUAAUACCAGCCAAUUGCGACCCGACAGGCACACGGUGCCAAUUUGAUAAUCCCGACAUUUUCGAAGCAGAAAUACGCCUCAAAAUGGGCAACGGGCAAAUUCCCGUGGCCAAUCCGCCAGCGCUGCCGUCACACCUCCCCGACAGCAUUCUCGAGCUCGGCGCCCGGGUUGAUCGGAGGCCGUUGCCCGACCAUGUUCGCGAGUCGCUCCGCGGCUUCCAACGCGCGGCAUGCUACAUCGCCUCCGCCAUGAUAUUCCUGCGCGAUAAUGUCCUCCUCGAAUCCGAACUGCAGCUCGACCACGUCAAGCCGCGUCUGUUGGGCCAUUGGGGAACGUGCCCGGGCCUCAUCCUUGUCUGGUCCCACCUCAGUCUGCUCAUCCGCAGCCAUGACCUGGACAUGAUCUUUGUCAUUGGGCCGGGCCACGGCGCCCCAGCUGCCUUGGCGGCGCUCUGGCUCGAGGGUUCGCUUGAGAGAUUUUACCCUGGCGAGUACGACUGUGAUACAGCCGGCCUGCGGAACUUGAUCACCCGGUUCUCCGUCCCCGGGGGGUUUCCCAGCCACAUCAACGCCGAGACCCCCGGGUCCAUCCACGAGGGUGGCGAGCUGGGAUACGCCCUUGCGGUCUCGUUCGGAGCUGUCAUGGACAAUCCCGAUCUGGUUGUGACCUGCGUGGUUGGAGAUGGCGAGGCCGAGUCGGGCCCCACGGCGACAGCGUGGCAUUCCAUCAAAUUCCUCGACUCCCGCGAGUCUGGCGCCGUUAUCCCCAUCCUCUACGUCAACGGGUUCAAGAUCAGCGAGCGGACAAUUUUCGGUUGCAUGGACGACAAGGAGCUGAUCUGCCUGUUUGCUGGAUACGGAUACCAGGUAAAGAUGGUCGAGGACCUGGCCAAUAUCGACGAUGAGUUGAGCAGCGCAUUGGAGUGGGCGCUGGUCGAAAUCAAGAAAAUACAGCACGCCGCGCGCUCUGGAAAUCCAAUUGUGAAACCGCGAUGGCCGAUGCUGGUGCUACGGACGCCAAAGGGAUGGGGUGGACCAAAAGAAAUCGACGGCAAGAUUAUCGAAGGCUCCUUUCGCUCUCACCAAGUUCCAUUACCCAAGGCUAGUAGCGACAACUCGCAGCUCGGUGCUCUGAAGAACUGGUUGUCUAGUUACCGCAUCGACGAGCUCAUCAAGGAAGGCCGACCUACGGAUUCGAUCGUUAGCAUCCUCCCGCAGAACAGAGACAAGAGGCUUGGACAGCUGGAGGCCACCCAUAACCCGUACGUCGGUCUCAAGGCGGUCGACUGGAAAGGCUUUGCAGUUGAAAAAGGCACCGACCAGAGCUGCAUGCAGGUCACAGGGACAUACCUCGACAGGGUGUUCCAGGAGAACCCCACGAGCAUCCGACUUUUUUCUCCCGACGAGCUAGAGAGCAACAAGCUCGGCGCCAUCCUGGACCACACGCAGCGGAACUUCCAGUGGGACGAGUAUUCGCGCGCCAACGGCGGCCGGGUCAUCGAGGUGCUGUCGGAGCACGACUGCCAGGGCUUCAUGCAGGGAUACACGCUCACCGGCCGCACCGCCCUGUUCCCCAGCUACGAGUCGUUCCUAGGCAUCGUGCACACCAUGAUGGUGCAGUAUUCCAAGUUCGUCAAGAUCGCCCGGCAGGUCAGCUGGCGCGGAGACCUUGCGUCCAUUAACUACAUCGAGACGAGUACUUGGGCACGGCAAGAGCACAACGGCUUCUCGCACCAGAACCCGUCCUUUAUUGGCGCCGUGCUUAAUAUCAAGGCCGAGGCAGCGAGGGUCUACCUCCCGCCCGACGCCAACUGCUUCCUCAGCACCGUCCAGCACUGCCUACAGUCGCGCAACUACACCAACCUCAUCAUCGGGUCCAAGCAGCCCACGGCAGUGUACCUGUCGGCGGAGGAAGCCGAAGAGCACUGCCGGCUCGGCGCUAGCAUCUGGCACUUUGCCUCGUCCCCGGACACAGACGCACCGUCCGCUGCGGACCCGGACGUGGUGCUGGUGGGGAUCGGCGUCGAGGUGACGUUCGAAGUGGUCAAGGCGGCCGAGCUGCUGCGCACGCUGGUCCCCGCGCUGCGCGUGCGCGUCGUCAACGUCACGGACCUGAUGAUCCUGCCCGCCGAGUCGCGGCACCCGCACGCGCUCAGCGCUGCCCGUUUCGCCGACAUCUUCACAACCGACUCCCCAAUCCUGUUCAACUACCACGGCUACCAGACCGAGCUGCAGGGCCUGCUGUUCGGCCGCGCGGGCCUCCACCGCAUGGCCGUCGACGGCUACCGCGAGGAGGGCUCCACCACCACCCCCUUCGAUAUGAUGCUCGUCAACCGCGUCAGCCGGUUUGACGUCGCCGCCCGCGCGCUGCGCGCCGGCGUGGAGAGAAACCUGGACGUGAAGCAGCGGCUCGGCGCAUGUCUUGAGGAUAUCCGGCGCAGGGUCGAGGAUGUCAGGGCGUUUAUUGCCGAGCAUGGCGAAGACCCCGACGACAUGUAUGCGCUGCCCGUGUUUGAUAAGCACUAAGUUAGGGCGCUUUUUGUACAACCUGGCAAGUGCGUAUUCAAGAUUGUCACGACGGAUCAAGAGUUUGGCCUGUGUGACGGUACUACUUAGAUUUGGGAUUUUAAUCAAUGAUUCAUUAUUUGAAAAUGCUGAUUUUCAGGGUGGCUGUAUUCGCAUGUUUAUGUGAUAUUGAAAUUGAAUGCGGGUCUUUGGCAGGGUUCUAGGCCUAGGACUGCUGACUUGCGAUGAGUCCUGAGUCAGUUCAGGUCAGCCUGUAGUUAUUCCAAAUCAUCAGAAGCAUGGCAACCCUCUUAACGGCACAAAGCCAGCUGAAUGAGGCAGGAGACUACCUGCUUUCUCUCCGGUAUAAAUAGGGUGAGCACGUGUUUACAAAGACGGAAGCACGC